CAUUCUUUCCACUUACUUUCAGUUAUGUCUCUCCCACCUGCACCUAAAGAUAUCUCUGAGCAUCCAGAAACUGGUGCUGUAACUUCACCAGUGGACAGACGUGCCAAAGAAGCGGACGUCGACAGAAAAGUAAGCUCGUUGCUGUUAAACCCGAGAAAAAGAAGAAAAACCGACUUGCAUUCAGCUCCGUUUUUACGGUGUUAUCCAAGCCUUUAGACAGGGGCGCAUGCCCGACAAUCGUCAGAUCGACGAGACUCUGAAAUAUGUUAACGAGCACUCGCCGGUCGAUGUUGACCAGCUCUCGCCAGAUGGCAAGAAGCUCGUUCAGGAUUCCCGCGACAUAAUCGAAACUGCACGACUCAUUGUCAAGCAGAAGAACGCAGAUGAGCUGUUCCAGAAGUUUGUCUGGCACACACGCGAUGUUUCUAUUGAAGGGUUCUUUGUAGCUGUCCGCCACCUCCGUACCAUUUUGACCCUCAUACUUACGAACUCGGAAGUUCGGAAACUACUCUCUGACUUCUCGGUCAUCGGACGCGACCUUCUUGCAAAGGGCGCCGCAAAGGCGGUGGAGGCUUUACGUCCAACGCAGGAAGAGCUCGCCAGAGUUAACGAGCCAGCGCCCCCCGACCAAUUCGUUAGCCGUGGAGGACAGAAAGUAGGGCCUGGGGAGGUCCCUGUGUUGGGCGCCAAGAUCCCCGGUACCGAUGUCACCGUCGAGCAACAUCCACACGCGGACGAACCCAAAGUUGUUACUGGAGAAGGCGAGGAGAAACCAGGCAGUCAAGCCGUAAAAGAAGGUGUGGAACAAGCGCAGCGGCAGUACGGCGAUGCUGUCGGUCAGGCCGGUGAAGUGAAAGAGCAAACAUAUCAAAAUGCGCAGCAGAAGGCUAGAAAGGUUGGCGAAGAGGGAGAUGUGGGUGGCACUCGUGCCGAGACUUCCCAAGAAGCGGAGAAGAAAAAACAAGGAUUCAUGGAGCGCGUAAAGGGUGUUCGGGAGAAUGUCGCUGAACGCAUACCACAACAGCAUAAGGAUAAAGCUCAAGAACAAUACGAGCGCGGACGAAAAUUCUUGGCGGAGGAAUAUUUCCCGGAGGAGCGUCGAGACCAAUUCAUCUAUCGUGGCAAGAAGGUCAUCAUCGAGUGUCAGAAACACGAGGAUUACCAGGACGCGUUUAGAUGGCUCCUGUCGGUGGCCGAAGAUUAUGCCAAUCGCGGGCUAGCCGUCGCAGGACGAGGGAAGGAAAGCGGAGAAGCAUUUAUAUCGGACCCCACUCUGCGUCACGCAAUGUCGGAAUUGCGCGAGUUGAUGGAGCGCUUCGCUAACGGGAAGAGCAUGAAUAUAAUCUUCGAUGCCACAGAUGCUCUAAUCGACGAUGCCAGGCGGGACGAGGAGUUCCGGAACUGGUUUAAGCGUUUGAACAAUUACAUCCAUAGGAUUUUGCUAGAAGCCGGUUACGUCCUCGAUGAGGGAUGCAACAGCGAGGGUAACGAAAUCCGCGAGUCGGGUCGCAAGUUUUGGGAUGGCAAGUAUCGCACCCACUUCGACAACCUCUUCAAUGCCGUCGGAAAGUGGUUCUCGGCCAUGGCAGAUGACCCACUGAACAAGCGCUUCGGGGAAGACUGGGCUCGUCUGACGAAGGACCUUCUGUUCGACAGCGAAGGUAGUUUGAAGUUCAAACCGGAAUUGUGGUCAGAUAUUCGUAAAGUCAUCGUUCCAGCACUUGUUGACAAGAUUGGGUAUAUUCCUAUCCCACGUGUCGAGUAUACCGAUGACACGAUCGACCUUGUCGUCGAGAACCUGACUCUUCAAGGCCGCAAUUUGUUCCCGAAUAUCGUUACGCUUGAUGCACACAACUUCUUGAAGUUCAGUCCCUACAACACGAUAUCCGAUGAGCACCAUCACGAAUUUGUGUUCAAGUUCGCCCAGAUGCAGGCGGACAUGCGGGACGUCGCGAUCUACUACCGCAAGAAGACUGGUUUCCCCAAGGUUGUGGACUCGGGUAUCGCCGAUGUUCUCAUCGGCGGGAAUGGUUUGACGGCUACGGUCCAUCUGGUAUCUGCUGAUAAAGAUAAGAGCUCGGUCUUCAAGGUUAAGAGCGUGCAAGUCAAGGUCGACACCCUCAAGUUCAGCAUUCGCGACUCGAAGCAUGAUUUGUUGUACAAGACCCUGAUGCCGCUGGCCACCGGCCUCGUCAAGAGACAAAUUCAGAAAGCGAUUGCAGAUGGCAUCCAUACGGGACUCGAGUACCUGGACGGCCAGUUGGUUGCAGUCAGAGACCGGAUGAAAGAGGCGAAGACAAGCAGCGAUAUCAGUAGGACGCAGGCUCUCCAAGAUCUUUUCAGACGCAGGAAGGAAGAAAGCAUCAAGACGACGGAGAGCAAAUCGCAAUUCAAGGUCGUCCACACUAAGCGCGAGUCCAUCAUUGGUGCGGAGACUCCUGCUGGCUGGAUUCACCGAGUGAACGAGCGCGAGGAGAAAGCUACGACUGGCGAGGGCUGGAAGAGCGAAGCGUAAGCAUGCAUCCGACAUUUUAUCAGCCCUACCACUGAUCCGGACCCAUGUUCAGUUUUAGUAUCGUCGCAUGAAUACCUUGGUGUUCCUUUUGAAUGUCUGGGGCUACUUGUGCAUGAAUGUUUUGUAUGGUCGUGAGUGCCUUUGUGCGAUUUAUACCUGUCUGCGGACACGUUGUCUGGUUGUUGUAAUAUGCGUUUUGUCACAUGCCAUUUUACUUUCGAAGUACGCUACUAGUAGUACCUACUGCAUUGCCUCGUAAUGAAAGUUUUUUUCGG